CGCGUUGCAAGCCGUACACGGCCGCACUCACUCACUGCGGCGAUCUCAAGGCAUCGACUCACGGCGACAUGACCCGGACGACCUCACGAGUCUCCCUCUCGGAGUGACUGUCACUGAGCCCGCCCCGCUGCCCGCGCGUGACCAUGCGGCUCUGUGCUGACCACGUCGGUGACCAUGUCGGAGACAGAGGGAGGAUGGGAGACAACAGCAGAGUCAGGCCAACGAGCAAGAAAGCGAGCGAAGACACGCACCCGGGAUAAUCAUAAGUCGAGAUGGAUGCCCUUCGAUCAUAGACCAACCGACGCUGUCCAGGUCGUAGGGAAGCAUGAGUCCGACGAAGAUGCGAUACCGUCCAAGACACAUACCACGAUCACGACCGGGGGGCAGGACGGCGUGAAGGGCCUCGGUUCGCGCGUGCGUUCCGUGGCUUCUGCACACAAGUCAGCGUACACGGACAGACACGAUACGCGUCCCGGGAACACCGAAGACGAGCGAGGACCGCGGCGAUCAUGCCCGCCGCCAAUCGUACACAUGUGCAUUUCACUGUCCAAGACAACGGGCAUGCCGAGGUGCCAUCGGGGCGAGAGGGGACAGAACCACGCAUGCGGACACUUACGCAGACCGCGAGAGCGAGUGCCCCGCUCCGCCGUGGAGACGGCCCAGUGCACAUCUGGACACCCGAGAUGUAUCGACUGUGCCCGAGCGGACUGCCACACGGUACGUAGUCGUCAUGCUCGGGCUCUUGCACGAUCGCUCCAUGCGUGUCGCUUUUCGGAACUCGCGAGCUGCAGGCCUCACGCGACAACCGUUGUGUCCGGUCUACCGGCGGCGACGUGGGCGGGGAUAUCUCGCCCGGAACGCUGCUCAAGGCAGCACGAGGCUCAGCGGCGCCAGGCAGAUGAGCGGCGAAGCCGCGAUCUGCAGGUCGUGCGCAUCCAGAACACGACCAGCUGCACAGAUCAUGAACUGGUACAGUGGACGCACGGCUGGACGCGCUGACGUAGUAAAGGUAGCGUACGAAAGCAAUAUCUACUACUGUACGAACGAAAAUAUAUUUUGCUGAGCUGAAACCGUCAGUACUCCU